GUGCUCACAUUUUGUGCAAUGCUCACAAAAUACAAGUCAACUGGUCGCAGAAGCUCCGCCCACCCAUAAAGUAUAUUUAAGCCCACUGUUGGUGUAGGGUCUCUACAAGCGGCGCAGAAACAAGUAGCUCAGCUAUUCACGAGAAUAUGGUUAAAUAAGAAGCUGCCAAAGGAUUGUGAUCUGUUUCUUUUAGAACGAAGAAGUAAAAACAAAGACAUGACGACUCAAAAAGUAUUUGUGCUACUGUACUUGUGCGGAAUCGUUGCAUGCUUGGCAGAUCCCUGCUUGAAUCCGAUGGACGUUCCGAGUCUUGAGAAGAGAGACCGUCUGUACAUCCUAGCAACAGGGGAGAGAGCCCUCAACGACAGGCUGCUCACAGAGGGGUGGUAUGACGCCGGAGGGAAAGUAUUUCUAGACUCACCACCAGGUUUCCAGCACUGUGGUACUCGUUACCCUAUAUGGAGACUACAAAAGAGCGGCAACAACUCUGUAAUGUGCAUUCAAAGCCACUGCAACACCUGUAUCACGAAGAUGAACAUAGAAACUAAAAUGUGCGGCACGAAGGAGAUAUUUAAUUUGAAGAAAGCAUUAUGUUCGAGUGCAUAUUGUUUUGAUACAGCAAACAACCCUCCAACAUUUACCGUGGAACCUACUGUCACUACCAAACUCCACAAUGAUAUGCAUACAAGCACGCUAGAGUUCCGUUGUGAGUUCAGCAAACACGACGAUGACGUCUUCUACGCUACCAACUGGGUCGUUAACGGCAAACGUGUCCUCACCGAAGAUGCUUUGAAGUGGGACAAUGGAAAUGUCAUAGAUAAUCAUACUCUGACAGUUGCUAAACUGUCCAGUGUGAACAUAACUCAAGUUGGAUUCGAGCUGCAGUGUUCAGUCAGCGCUAGCAUCGGGGAAAACACGACAGCCAGUAUUCCCUUCUUAUCAGCAUCGAAGUUUAUUGGGAUUAAGAAAUCUGAUAAAACACUUGAGUUGUCAGAAGGGGAGUUCGCUGACAUAUCCCUCCAGCUGACGGCACCAUUUGGAUGUGGGACUGCAGCUGUUACAUGUGAACUAAACAUAGAAUCUAUUUACCUUGAGACCAUGGUAGAUUGUCUAGGGGCCAAAUUAGUAAGUUCAUCUUGUGGAACAGUUAUUUUCGCUUGGAAGUGGGCAGAACCUGCCACGAUCAGGGUAUUUGGCCAGAUUUCUCAGAGCCUAGGAUCGACACAUAACACUUUGAAACUGAAGUUGACGACCCCUGACGACCUCAUAGACAACAUGUUCUGGAGCAACUAUACGAUCGGCGUUAUAACGGUUCAGCUGAUAAAGAACACCACGUUGAUUGAGGGAAAGUCGUGUUCUGCUAUCAAUGACCCACACAUGCAAACAUUUGAUGGAAGGCGAUACGAACAUCAAUAUGAAGGUGUCUUCACUAUGUAUAAGCACACAACCUUUCCCAUUGAGGUUCAAAUACAGACAGCGGACUGUGGAUGGGGUGUGCACAACAAGUGGUGUAACUGUGGAGUUGCUAUACGAGCUGGCAGGACGGUGUUUGAGUUCAACAGGUGCGCUGGACAGUCCAGUAUCUGGACAAUAGAAUACACACUGUGUGAAGACAGUGGAGAUGUACUACAGGUCAAGAAGAAGGGCAUCGAUUAUGAGGUGUAUCUGCCCACUGGAGGAAGAGUGACAGUUAAAGUCUAUGGUUUCUACCUGAACGUUUACAUCUACCCGUCAAUCCAAGACGUAAAUAGCACUCGAGGUCUCUGUGGGACACUAUCAGCAAACUGCAGCGACGACUUUUUCCUGAGGGACGGCACCUACUCUACAGACGUCACGGCGACGGGUGACUGCGGAACUACAUACAACUUCUGGCAGAAUCUUCUAACUACAUUCUCGAACUCAUGGAAGCUUGAUAAUGGAAGUAACCUGUUUGAUCCGGACGUCUAUGCAUCACUGGCAGCGUGGCCACGGACGAACCUUUAUUGUUCCUGUUCUCCGGAUUCUCAACCCAAUACAAGCACUCAGGCAGUAAAUUGCACUGCGCCCAUUCAUAAGGUGUGUAAGACCAUUCCGGGCUUCACAAAAGUGUUUCCGAGCAAGUGUACCCUCACCGAGAGACGAAGGAGAAGAUCUGCGGGUGUUAAUUUGGAAUCACCAAGAUUACGUCCGGACAUUGGGAAGACAUGGCCAAAGAGCUGGACAGAGGUCGAGGCCAGGACAUUCUGUGAGGAGGUCUUUAAUGAAUCGAAAUCAGUACAAGUGUGCAAGAAUGUAACUGGCGUUGAAAACAUCAACGGAAGAAUUGAAAACUGUAUCCUGGACAUUCAGUUGACGGGCACUACCGACUUUUUUCGAUUCUCUGUCGACGCGGUGAGAGACAAAUGUCUACACGAGGUGUUGGUUGACCCUACACUCUGGGUGAAAAGUGGAGAGAAAAACACGUCAGUCUAUGACAUUGUUGUGGCCGAGGCUUGUCUGAACGACUGCAGCGGAAAAGGAACAUGUACAAGUGGCGAUUGUGUGUGUCAAACCAACUAUGGCGGCUCUGACUGUUCUGUUGACCUCACAACACCCCCUCGACUAACUGAAACGGAAGCGGUUGACACAUGUGACAUGUCGCGUGAUGCAUGUGACGUUAUUUCCGUGAAAGGCGAGACGUUUGUCGAAGGCGUAUCAAGGUGUUUGGUUGAAGACAUCAGGGUUAGAAAAUCAGGACAAGAAAUCGUUGGAUCAAAUAUCUACAUGGCAACCGUGGUCAACAUAGGCCAUGCACAGUGCAAAAUCAUGACCAAUGACAAUACUGGAAGUGAGGACGGCGAGUAUGUGAGUGCCUACCGGAUAUCGGUUGCCAACAGUGUCAGUAACUAUAGUGACAGUGUGGGCCUGAUUGUGUUUAACAGUACGUGUAUCCGAGUUAGUGGUGACCGAGAAACAAAGUUCAAGUGGACAGUGAAGGGUCCAUACUGCCUCGACAGAGGGACGUGUGUUCCUCAUGGUGCGAGUCAAUCUGGAAACAACUGUCUGGUGUGUGACGUGGCCGACAACAAGAGAACCUGGAAAACUAGACCAGAGUCGAGAUGCCAGGCAGAGACUAGGCAGCUUCUUCUGAUAGCUGUAGCUGCUGCUGUCGGGGGAGUCGUUCUCGUCAUCAUCAUCGUUGUUGCGUUGAUCUGCUUAUUCAAACAGAGGCAGAGAACUGGGCAGAACAAUGCAAAAGGGAAAGAGCUCACAUAAGAAUGAACACAACAUCCAGCUGUGUUGCCUGCACACUGCAAAUGAACAAUACCAUCCUCAAAUCUGUUAUUUUGGGAGUUUCGAGUUUCGAUACGUGUUUGAAGACCUGUAUUAUCUGUAUUAUCUAGUUAUGCGUAGAGUAUAUACAUGUAUUGACAUAUAGAAGAUGUCAUUGUUGCUUUGAGCAGAGAGUUCUUGUGAAAGUCGAAUUGGAUUUGUCACUUUCAUUUUCAAAUCUUUAAAACAUGACUAAUAUAGAUAAUUCUACCGUGAAUUGAUAAAUUACUCGAUCCUGAUUGGUCAAUGAGAGGUUAUUAAAUCACAAAAGACCCCCUCUGAAUGAAAGAGCUGGAUUAGCGGAAGCUAAUAUUCUUAAAAAAAGUUGUCUUGUCGGUAGGCACAUUUAUAUAAUUAUAUCUACAAUUAUAGAUUACAAAAUGCAAAGUUGCGGUAACUACAAUAUUCAAAGGAUGUGUGGCAAUACAUUUCGGGUAGAAACACGACUUAAAUCUACUAAGAGAAUGUAUUUUAAGUUUUGAUACAAUAGAGAGCUUGGAAUUCGGCGCUUUUCUAUAUACGACUGUGACGUAUUAUCUUUUGCGUCACAAUGAGCGAUAAGACGUCAUAAUGGUGACGUGCGGUGUUGAACGAAAGCUUUGCAAAGCUUGCUUAGGUUUUAUCAUGUGUGACCAACUCAUGUUAGUUUCCAAGUUGCCGUGCUUAUAUGAUUUCAAUGCCUGUCAUAUGUUCGAGUGAAGUAUUGCGGUGCAAACAAACUGCCUGAGCAUAUACAGCGCCAUAUUUGGUUUAAAGGAUGUUGUCGGUGAAUCCGUAAUUCACAUCGACCACCCUCUCAAAACACUGGACUCAACCCAUGCCGCUUCACUCAAUAUAUUUGCUAGACCAAAGAGUUCGCGUUUUAUUUAGUCACGGUAGAAAGGAAAUAAACAUAAUGUGUUUCCAAUGCUGCGCGUUCGGUACCAAAUUCAAUUUAGCGCGGUGAAAUCUACAGGUAACCUAACUCUACAUUGAAUCAUGACUGUAGAAACCACAGUUAUGCAUUUCUAAACUAGUAUUGUGAACAUCAUUGUUUCAAAAUGCCUGUCCACAGUGACUGAAAAAAACCAGAACUCACUGUCAAUAAGAGGGCUGUUUCAAUCAGAGGGGGGUAAUGUGCUUUGAAAGGCGACAAACCGAUAUUUUCAAAUUCAUGGUAGAAUGAUAUGUGCUCAAAAAUAUAUUCAGUUUAUAAUGACCUUUUUACUUCUGUUUUCAAUUUAUGAAUUGCGUUCUGUGUUAAAACACAUCUCCUGUCCGCUGUACAAUUUAUUUGCUUCAGUUACAUUUUCCAAUCCUACCAGAAUUCUUUUAUAUUUGUUGAUUACAUUCAAAUAAACCUGUUAACAAAGAA